AUGGCCACGCAAGAAUAUGAGGAGUCAGUGGAGGCAGGGCCAUCUUCCGUUGCAGGUCCGAAUCCCAAGCAGCUCAAGAAGCCCAAGUACCGAGCAAGCCAGUUGAGGAGACAGUCAAAAAGGCCCUUUAAGUGGCAGCGACAGGGUCAGGCCUAUGACCUGGAGAAGGUGAGCCACAAGCAGGAAGGUCUCCAGCUGAGUGGCAGUAAGGGGCAGCCUGAAGCCUUGCCCAGGCAGCCACCGCCGCCGCCGCCACCGCCUCGUCGACCAAACGCCGGUCAGACUAGUGUUACCAAGGGCUCCUCUGUGCAGAUCCCAGGACUUGGUGAGAGUCGGAAGCGUAAAACGCCGCCGCCACCGCCACCGCCUCCACGGCGGCCCCAGGUGGCUAAGGCAGCUUCCCAAGGGAGCGCCAGCUAUCAUCAGUCCCCGCAGUGA